GGAGAUGCUGUACCCGAACCAGGAGGGCGGCUGGGCCACGGCCGACUUGCUGCUGGGCAACAACGUGCCGCAGGGCCGCCUGCCCGUGACGUACCCGGCGAGCCUGGACUCGACCAUGACGCGCAACCCGGACUACCCGGAGCGCGUGGACACGGAGAGCGGCAACGCCACCUUCAGCGAGGGCCUCAACAACGGCUACCGCUGGUACGCGCACACGAACACGAGCGUGCUGUUCCCGUUCGGCUACGGUCUGAGCUACACGUCGUUCGAGUACAGCAACCCCAACUUCGCGGCGUCGGGAUCUGCGCAGCAGCAGCAGAGCUCCAGCGGGCUCAACUAUGAGGUGUCGUGCAGCCCGGACGACGCCGAUGCCGUCUUCAGCGUGUCCUUCACGGUGACCAACACUGGCAGCGUCAAGGGCGUCGAGGUGCCGCAGGUGUACAUUGGGCCUCCGGCCGACGCCGCGACGACGUACCUGGACGCGCAGUUCGCCGCCAUCGCGCUGGUGGGCUUCGCGAACGUGGAGCUGGAGGCCGGCGCCAGCACGACAGUGAGCAUCGGCAUCCGCGAGAAGCAGCUGAGCUUCUACAACGUGAACACCACGAGCUGGGAGCUGGCCAAGGGCGGGCGUCCGGUCUACAUCAGCAAGAACGCCGAGGACACCGUCUUCAGCGGUCACGUGCAGAUUUAAACGGUUGAGAUCGAGCCGCCUAGUUAUGAGUGGCUAAAGUAUGAGCCAUUGGAAUGAGUUUUGAGAAUAAAAAUGGCUAACGUUACUGUG